AUGACACAAAUCCAGCCCCAGCGAUACUCCACAACAGGAGUGUACCUCGAGCAACAGCAGAAGAGCACGGCUGUCGCCGCCCCACAGGUGAAUCAGAUCCACUGCCGGGCCCACACGCAGUGUGGAGUGGGCGGCAAACACAACGCACGGGCCGUGGAGAAGGUUCCUGGAAGGUUGGAAUGGUCGCCAGGUGAAAAAAAUGAAGGGGAAGAAAGAGGGUUGGUGAGGUGGGUGGUGAGGAGAGCUCGUUGGUGGGAGUCGGAAGAGAAGGAGGAGAGGGAGGAGAGGGAGGAGGGGGAGCAGAGGGAGGAGGGGGAGCAGAGGGAGGAGGGGGAGCAGAGGGAGGAGGGGGAGCAGAGGGAGGAGGGGGAGAAGAGGGAGGAGGGGGAGCAGAGGGAGGAGGGGGAGCAGUGGGAGGAGGGGGAGCAGUGGGAGGAGGGGGAGCAGGGGGAGGAGGGGGAGCAGGGGGAGGAGGGGGAGCAGGGGGAGGGGGAGGAGGGGGAGGCGAGGGAGGAGGGGGAGGAGAGGGAGGAGGGGGAGGAGGGGGAGGAGGGGGAGGAGGGGGAGGAGUGGGAGGAGGGGGAGGAGGGGGGGGAGGGGGAGGAGGGGGAGGAGGGGGAGGAGGGGGAGGAGAGGGAGGAGGGGGAGGAGAGGGAGGAGGGGGAGGAGAGGGAGGAGGGGGAGGAGGGGGAGGAGGGGGAGGAGGGGGAGGAGGGGGAGGAGGGGAGGAGGGAGGAGGGGGAGGAGAGGGAGGAGGGGGAGGAGAGGGAGGAGGGGGAGGAGAGGGCGGAGGGGGAGGAGAGGGCAGAGGGGGAGGAGAGGGCAGAGGGGGAGGAGAGGGCAGAGGGGGAGGAGAGGGCAGAGGGGGAGGAGAGGGCAGAGGGGGAGGAGAGGGCAGAGGGGGAGGAGAGGGCAGAGGGGGAGGAGAGGGCAGAGGGGGAGGAGAGGGCAGAGGGGGAGGAGAGGGCAGAGGGGGAGGAGAGGGCAGAGGGGGAGGAGAGGGCAGAGGGGGAGGAGAGGGCGGUCACCACAAGUCGUGGCUCCACGGACAGCCCUGCGGCCUCCUCCGUGCUUUCGGCCUCCCACGGCCGCCCUUGUCCCACCGCUCCUCGGUGCUGCCUGCCUCGCCGAGCCGCUCCUCGCUGUGCAGCAUGCAAGGGAGGAAGCUGGUUUGGUGUUGUGGUUGGUGGAGGGGUGGGAGAGGAGGGCGCUGCUGAUGGCGUGGAUGGGCUGACCUGA